AUGGGCGACGAGCCCGCGGACGCGCUCGCCGCGUUGUGGCCGAGGUCCCUCGCCGACCUCGCCGUCGUGGGCGCGUGCGCUUUCUUCGGAUUCACCGUCCCCAUCGCGCUUUUCGACUCGACCGUGCUGUUCACGUACCACCCGACGUGCAUGUCGCUGGGUUUCGGGUUGCUCAUGACCUUGGGGGUGGGCGCGGGGCUCAAGCUACGCGCGCUCGGGCCCGGGGCGGAGAGGGUCAGGGCGCUCUGGGUGCACGCGGCGACGCAAACCCUCGCGCUCUUCCUCGCGCUCGGGGGGUUUGUCGCCAUCUACCGCAACAAGGCGAUACACGACAAGCCCCACUUCACCACCACCCACGGCAAGCUCGGGCUCCUCACGAUCGUCCUCACCGUCCUGUCCCCAACGAUCGGCGCGGUGGCGUUCAAGCGGCUCGGGCUGCUGGACGCGGUCCCGGAGCAGGCGCGACCCCUCGUCAAGGCGGUCCACCGCAGGCUCGGUCUAGUCACGUGGUGCGCCGGGGCGCUGGCCACCUCCCUCGCGCUGCCGCACCCGGCGGUGGACCAGGGAUCGCUGACGUCCGCGUGGCAGGUCAGCGUGUUCGUGAUGUGCGCGGGGGUGGCGUUCUGGCACUUCACCGAGCCGAAGGGCGCGAGGGGGGACGGGUUCGCGAGGCUCGACAAGGACUCGCAGUCGUGA